CGAGCCCGACGGUCUCAGGAAGCAGCGGAGCUUAUUUCAUAUUUUGUAGCCAUAAAGGACCGAGGGGAACAGGUUAUUUUGGGGGGGUCGGUUGCCACAUGUACAGACAGUAAAAUAUUUUCCAAUUAUUUCGGCGUGGGGUAUUUUUGCCGUCAGAGGUCUUUUGUUAUGAUUUGGGGUCAAUAGCGGUGAUGUUUACUGUGCAGCCUCAUAGGUUCCUCUAAGGGGUAGCCUAUAACCAGAGCCUCUAGCUUCCAACUGCCUAAAAAAUUAGGCAGAAACGAUAUAAGACAUUUCAUUUCUUCAUUUGGGUCGUGGCCUGGCGGCACGCCAAUAAUUGACUCUGGAGCAGGACACGGAGGAUAGUAUGGCCAUGACGGGAGGGACUGCAGCUGCCCUUCCCAUGAGCAACCACACCCGAGAGAGGGUGACAGUGGCCAAGCUGACACUGGAAAAUUUCUACAGCACUCUGCUCACCCAGCACGAAGAGCGGGAGAUGAGGCAGAAAAAACUGGAGAAGGCCAUGGAAGAGGAAGGUUUACCAGAUGAGGAGAAAGUAAUGCGGCGCUCUCAGCAUGCCCGAAAGGAGACAGAGUUUUUACGACUGAAGAGGACACGACUCGGUUUGGAUGACUUUGAGUCCCUAAAGGUCAUUGGACGAGGUGCUUUUGGAGAGGUGCGUUUGGUACAGAAGAAAGACACAGGCCACAUUUAUGCCAUGAAGAUUUUGAGGAAAGCAGACAUGCUGGAGAAAGAACAGGUUGCUCACAUCCGGGCAGAGAGGGAUAUUCUGGUCGAGGCGGAUGGUGCCUGGGUGGUCAAGAUGUUCUACAGCUUCCAGGACAAGAGAAACCUCUACCUCAUUAUGGAGUUCCUGCCUGGAGGUGACAUGAUGACACUGCUGAUGAAGAAGGACACUCUGUCUGAAGAGGCCACUCAGUUCUACAUCGCAGAGACAGUACUGGCCAUUGACUCCAUCCACCAGCUGGGAUUCAUCCACAGAGACAUCAAACCGGACAACCUGCUGCUGGACUCCAGAGGACAUGUGAAACUGUCAGAUUUUGGCCUGUGUACUGGGCUGAAGAAAGCUCAUCGCACAGAAUUUUACAGGAACCUGACACACAACCCGCCCAGUGAUUUCUCCUUUCAAAAUAUGAACUCCAAGAGGAAAGCAGAGACCUGGAAGAAGAACCGGAGACAGCUGGCUUAUUCCACUGUGGGAACGCCAGACUACAUCGCUCCUGAAGUCUUCAUGCAGACGGGGUACAACAAACUGUGCGACUGGUGGUCUCUGGGUGUGAUUAUGUAUGAGAUGCUCAUCGGUUAUCCGCCCUUCUGCUCAGAGACACCACAGGAGACAUACAGGAAGGUUAUGAACUGGAAGGAAACACUUGUCUUCCCACCUGAAGUUCCCAUCUCAGAGAGAGCCAAAGACUUGAUAUUAAGGUUUUGCACAGAUGCAGAGAACCGGAUCGGAGCUGUGAGCGUGGACGAGAUCAAGAGCCACCAGUUUUUUGAGUCGGUGGAUUGGGAGCACAUCAGGGAGCGCCCAGCCGCCAUCUCCAUAGAAAUCAAAAGUAUUGACGACACCUCUAACUUUGAUGACUUCCCUGAAUCGGACAUCCUUCAGCCAGCUAACGCAACGGAGCCAGACUUCAAAUCAAAGGACUGGGUGUUCCUCAACUACACCUACAAACGCUUUGAGGGCCUGACUCAGCGAGGGACCAUCCCCACAUACAUGAAGGCAGGGAAGGCUUGACGCACUCAAACGGGUGGACGGUGUGGUGGAGAAAAAUAGACGUUUACGGACACAGGGUCGGGCCCCGGAGCCCCGCUGGUGCUGAAGGCUGCGCUGUCAGCCUCUCAGUCUAAAUUUAACCUUCAUCAUAAGUUAUUUAGGUCUGCUCAGCCGCGGCAAGAAAGCCAAGAACUCGGAAAUUAAAGAGCAUUACCGCAUUACCUCGGUUGUUGAUAUUGUAUACACGUGCCGUCUUUAGCCAUAGCACUCAGGCCAGCUCACUAACUAGGAUACUAAAUCAGCAUAUCUGCAUGUUCAGCGGCAUACUGCUUCUGGAGAAGAUUUUUUUUUUUUUUUUUUUUUUUUUUU